GAAUUCGUGUACGUCACGACCACCGUCUCCUCUAAUUUAUUCAUCCGAUGAUUUUAUUGUCAUUGUAUUAACCAAACUCUUUGUAUAACGCGUCAUCGAACAUAGCUCUCACAAGUCAUUGGCUUUCUAUUGUGUAUAUUUCGAGUUAAAGCCGUCUCGAGUUUUAAUUUUGUGAAUUGGGUUAUAUAUACGUCGAAAGGCGGCACACCCGAAGGGGCGGAGAAAAGUUGAGAAAAACAGUCGAACGUAAGUGUUAUAUACAGGUUAGAAUUAAACCACAUGCCUUAGAUUUCAUUUCCAUCGUAUAUGGUGAGGUAACAUGAUAUGCCAUUAGGCAGUUUUAAUAACGCUAACGACUUCUUGUGUGCAUCGCGAUGCUGUUAUUGUUUUGGUGACAAGUAUUUCAUAUUAAUUUCCUUUAAGGUUCGUAUCUAAAGCUGUUGGGCCAAGCUUAAGAAACUGUUACUGAAUUUCUCUGCGAUUCUACCCGCUAUCAUUGGAAUUUACUUGUCUAGAAAGAGUGUAUAAAUAUGGAACGCCAGUCAUAGGUUGUCGAAUUCUCGUCUGGGAAUUUACGUUGAAAAGUAAGGAUCGAUAUUUGGCCUAAAGAAACGUGACGAUAUCCCGGACUAAAGUACAAUCAUGAGUUCGGUAAGUCCUAGCAAUAUUUCCGUAAAGCAUAGCUGUCAUUUAUCAUAGCCCAGCCUUUCCGUUUUGCGUUUAUGGAUUAUGGUUGAAAUGUGAGGCAUGCUUCGUCAGGUUAUAUGCCUGUUACACUGCGGUGUUAUAUCAUUUAUCACAUGAACUUCAGUAAUAUCGUUCCUGGGAAGUAUUGUUUGUAUAUACAGCAAGAAAUAUGCAAUAUUAUGCGGUAUGUUUUGUGUUAUUAAACGUUUUAAAUAAUCUGUUAAUUUUAACAUAAUAUCAACUAGCAGUAUAUGAAAAUUUUAAAGCGACAAUUAGAACAUUAGCUUAUCAUAAUCCUGCUUUAAUUGCUACCUUUAUAAAAAUUUACUGCAUGAUAUAGGCAAUGGAAAUCACUAAAACUUGACGUAUACACUCGCAAAAUAACCAAACAUUAAAUCAAUAGCGCUGACAACAUAUUUUUCAACAGCGAUUUACUAAUAACGUUUUUACAAAUUGACGAAUGGAAUGUUUUGAAAUAGCAAGCAGCAAUUAAACUUUAAUAAACAUUCGUAAAGUGUUGUGUAACUGUCGAUAGCUAUGUUGAGGCCUUGGGUUGAAAAUAUAUUGAUAUCUGUGUCCUUUAUAAACUUUCUUUGUCCAAAAUGAGAGAUCACCGGAUGAGUGAGAUGAUCAGAUGACUGAUAAAUGUUGUCAGUUUGUCCAUUUUUUGUAGAACUUACAUUAGCAAUUAGAAAGCUUUUUUCUGUAUGAAGUGACGUAAAUUUAGCUAAAUACUAUGCCGUUUGAUAUUCAAAACAUGCCAGUGAAUUAACUAUUCAAGUGUGAACUCUGAAGUCUUUUAGAAUAUUGAACUUGAAUAAUGCAAACAAUAUAUUGGCAGCUUAUUUCCCUAUGCUUGCGUGAGUAAAUGCUUGUUUCAAAAGUGCUUGAAAUUUUAAAUGAAUAAAGUGUAGAAUGUAUAUGGCAAGCUUGUGCCAAGUUUGAAUAAUUUGUUGUCACAUACGUUAAAAGCAACGAUUUUGACUUUUCUAAUUGUAUUUUACAUUAGUAAUAUAUAUGUUAUUUGCAAUAUUCAUUGAACAUUGAAUAUGUGUAUUAAACAAAUUUUGAAUAAAUAUCAAAUUGAUACUUCAUCUAAUUUUACUGUAUUAAUUAAAGAAUAAAUGCUUCUAAUGAGUAAUGAGAACUAUGGUUUUCUUACGGUAAUAAAUCAGACCACAGGCUUACAAUAAUGAAUUAUUUUAAUACAAUGUGUCAAACUAAAUUGUCUGAUUUAUUAACAUAGUAAAUAUGUAUUGUAAGGACUUCGAGAAAAUUCCCGCAGUACAAGACAUGAAGACAUGAGGAUGAUUAAUUAUUUGGUAUUUGAAAGAAUUUGUAUUUAUGUUUUAAGGCGUUGAACUAUAUAUUGUCAUUAAGCAUUCACCAUUGUACUUAUUGUAUAUGUAUACAUAGAUCUACAUACACUAGUCACUAUCUUUCAAUUCAUAUGUAAAACGUGGCGGCGAGAUACAUUGAGCCAUACGUCUGCACUUAAGAUACUCACGCCACGACGUAUGCCAGCACUUAAAUAUAUUCGCGCUUAUUUCCUGACAUCCACAUCGAACGCAGUGGCCAAAUGCACGUUCUGUUACUAUUGGAUCUAUAAUCGAUCAGCUUUUUCUAAUAAUAGUCACUUUGAAAUCGAAAUUCCUAAUACAUAGUAUCAACGACAAACAGCAUGUUCUGACAAACCAAUUGCGAUUCAGCGUUCGCAGAAAGUGGCGCGCUGAUAAAAUCUAAGAGAUUAGCUGGGAAGCUUGGGUCCUUGUAGGCUUAAGGUGGCGUGUAUCUGAUAUUUCAUAUAUUCCGCAACAUGUGGUAUAAACGAUCUUUGACAUCUAUUUCAUUCUGUAAUUUCAUAUAUGUCCAGUGGUCUACCAUAUAAAUUAUUACAGCCCUAGAAGUCUGCAAAGAAAAUGAUCUAAUACUAAUAGUUACAUAUUUAAGACGUUCUAAAUUCAAUUAGAACAAAGUUCGUGUUUAUUCCCUUAUCGAAGUUGAUACAUUGAGCAAAAAUUCGAAUGGAAUUUUAACGACUUGAAAUUAAAGUAUUAUUACUUUUAAAGCCACAACUGAAAGUGCCCUCCAACCUGGAAACAUGUAUAAUGAAAAUAAAGACUUAAAAAUCCAAACAUAAUUUAGCUGUAUGGUGCAGUUUUAUUCAUUAUUUUUGUCUGGUGGUAACAAUACACUCGGGCAGGGGUUCAACUUAUUUUUACCCUAUUCAUGUUUUCAGAUUUUUACGAUGUAAAAAUUUAAAACAUUUCAAAUGAUAUAAAAAGACAUUUCUUUAGGAGUUCACUACACGGAUGUUUCGGAAUUUUAAAAAUGCCCCGAAAUAUUUUGUGUUAAAUAGAAAAUAAAUUGUCCUGUCUGUUUGUCUGGCCUAUAAUCGCUGUAUCAACAAUGGUUAAGGUCGUGGCCAUUGUCGGUUGUAUUCGACGAAUUUCAAUACCUGACAAGUUUAAUUAGUAACUAUAAACUCCUUAAUCUUUUACAAAACAACUGAUAAAAAUAGCUGUUCACUAAAGACAAAGCCACUUGAAGUUAUCAUUUUAAAAAAGAAAGCAGUUUGAUGAAUCUUAUCGUUUCCAUUUUAACCCAUCGUGAUAUGACUACAGGGUAUUAUGCAGUUUGUUGUUAUGCAUAAAAUUUUAAAUAUCCUGAAAUAGGAACAAACAAGAAGGGUCGUUUUGUUUUUUCCUUUGUGUGCUUGACUUGGCAAACUUUUCUAAGCACACGGGAAGUGUUGUAAUUAACAGUUUGCAAAGAUUAAAGUGCAAACCUCCGCCUGGAAUUUUAAUAUUUUUUCUCGUGAUUAAUCCCAUAGCGAUUUGGUAAAUUCUGGUUAUAUAGCAUAUGUUGUAUCCCAGUAUUGUAUAGGCAGUAGCCUGGUUUACGACAUGAAAGUUUCUGUGAUCACAGUAGGAAUUUUGCGUAGGUAAAUUCUAAGUUUUGAAGGUUUGUAAGAAAUGUUUGAGGAAACUGGCUCUUACAAAUCCUUCAAAACUUACAAUUUACCUACGCAAAAUUCCUACCAUGAUCACAAAAACGUUUUUAGUGUAAACCUAGCAGGCUAGUGUAAAAUAGGAUAGAAUUAGGUUAUUUACGUAAUGUGACAUAUGUGAUGACAUCCAGGUGAUCUCGUGUUCGUAUUUUAGCCAAUCAGCGCUCAGAAAGGGUUGUCCGAAUAGAAAUCCAUUUUGAUGUAUUCAGUCAAUUAUAUCUUUCGUUAUUCUUUAUGAAACUAGUUGAAAUUUUGUAAUUAUGUUUAGUUAUGAGAACUGUAGCUCUGACAAAAAUAUGGAAUCGAAAUAAAGUAUAUUACAGGAGAUAUUCAGUUGUUUUAAUCAUAAAAUGGAUUUCUAUUUGACAACUAGUGCCAGUACUUUUCCGCGUAUCAAGAUCAUCUGGAUUUAGAAAGAUCACUGUUGGUGUUGAGGCUUGAAGUCACGUGAUAACCACACGACUAAAGCUAAUUAUUAUUAUUAAUUUUCCACUAGGGGAAUUUGUUCGCGCAAAAAAGUAGGAACUGAUCCAACUUUUUCGCGGCGAAUAUUUUCGCUGACCGGCAAUUACAUUGCCAAGAUUUGUUGGUGGAAAAUGUGCUUUAAAGUCUAAACUAAUUUUAUUUAUACCAUUAAUAUGUCAUGUAAGACCAAUGACCAUCCCUUAUUGGUUUAUCAGCAAAAGUGGAAGAAACCCAAACUAAACUAAGUUUAUUUGUACUGGAUAUUAUCUCUAUCUGUUUUGAACUGUUCUACCUUGAAAAUAGGGCAAUGUUUACUCAUCCACUGUUAAUUUGGCAAUCGAACUUUCAACCGAUCCCGAAUCCACCGAUCCGCGAGUCCUCGUCCGCAUUUUUACUUGGUCCAACGACCUUGGUCUAUUGUGAUCCACCCACUGACCCAUCCCUUAAGGCUAAGCAGGACUAAAAUUUACUCUCUCGGAUUAACCCCCUGGAUUAACCAUCUCGACGCGUCAUGUAUGAAGGAUGCCCCUAUAUUUGAUGUUUCGUGUAUUGACUGAUCUCUCAAUAUCGACAAAUUUGGCGAAUGUUUAUUUAUACCCAACAGGCACUUCCAGUUUUUAAUUUAUGUGCGCAGGGGGUGAUGGGAAGUAAGGUAUCACAUUGCUGAAAAUUUUCAAUACAAACUGCCAAAACAACCGAAAUAUUUCAAUAUUUACAACUACAAGUAGCUAUCACUCAGAGGUUACACGGCCACCAUUUUUAUUUUUUCAGCAUAAUCAGCAAUAUGAUACCUUACUUCCUAUCGCCCCCUGCACACAUAAACUAAAAGCUGGAAAUGGAUAAUUCACAAGUUUAGAUAACUCACAUGCCUAGUUACUAUUGUUCUAGUUUAUAGAAGAGUAGAAUAGAACAAAGGUAACUAAGCUUUAGAAUGAUCUACAUGAGGGAAUAACUCUUGUACAUAACUCUAAUGCUUAUAGUUACUUUUGUUCUAUUCUGUGCUUCAGGCUAAACUAGAACAAUAGUACCUUGGCAUGUGAGUUAUAUAAACUUGUGAAUUGGGUAACAAAGAUGUAAACAACAUUCGCCAAAUUUCUCAAUAUUGGUUUCGUUAUACCAAAAGGAAAAGACAAAUUAUUUGUUAAUGUCGCGCGCCAAAUGUUAAUUGUUGAAAUGUGCAAAAUGCGCGCUAACUGCGCGCCGCAAUUUCCUCAUCACUCCCACGUCACCCACGUAAUGCUGAUUCAAUUUUUUAGUUAUUUGUCAACAUAGGAAUAAUAGGAAACAUAGAAAUACAAAACAUAUGUAAUUAUUCUAGAAUGUGGAAAUCGUUCCUUUGCCUGUUAAACACUUGAAAUAACAAUACUGCGUGUCAUAAUCCAGAGAUCAGUUUCAUUGUCCUUUGGUUUCAACAUUCCACUGUUCUUCAUGCCAUCCAGUCGUGUUCCAGUGAUCAGAAUGUUUCGUUGUCUUUUCACUGCUUUGAAAAUCUCACUGUUCUCCAUGCCAUGCAGUCGGGAUCCAGUGAUCAGAAUGUUCCAUUGUCUUUUCACUGUUUUGAAAAUCUCACUGUUCUCCAUGCCAUGCAGUCACGUUCCAGUGAUCAGAAUGUUCCAUUGUCUUUUCAUUGUUUUGAAAACCUCCAUCAGUUGUAUUGUUUAUCCUGAUUUAAAUAGUAAUACUUGAUUGAAAAACUUUCAAGACUCAAGUGCAGUGAACUUCGCUAAUACGAACACCCAUGCAGGGACACAGCAAUGUGCUCUUGCCAGAGUGGUGUCCCUUUUAUAGAGGUUUCUUAAAGCAAAAUUUUCGGAGAAUUUGUUUUAAUUCCGGGGACAUUGGAAACAUAUAUAGAGGUGUCUCUAAGGAGAGGCUCGACUGUCCUACAUUUCAUUGAGUUUUCCGCAUUCAUGAACUAAAUGCGCUUAACAAACUGUCGAAACUUCGUGCAAUAGGUCACGUCUUUCACCUCCGCUUUGGAUCAACCACGUCUUUCACCUCCGCUUUGGAUCAACCACGUCUUUCACCUCCGCUUUGGAUCAACCAACGUGCUCUGCCCGAAAGUCGUGGGUAUUCCAUCCGGGUUGGUUCCUCCCACAGAAAAAGUUAACAAGUUGUGGUAACCAUUCAGAGCUUCGCGCAAUCGUUAGAACGAUCAACUAAUUCUGCUCGUGUCGAAAGGUUUUCUCCAGGUACUUUCGUUUCCUCCCACAAAGACGGUUUAGGUUAGUUUCUCGAGUUUCUCGCUCAUUGGUGAGCGGAUUUCACAACAGGCUAUUGCCCAAAUUGAUAGGGGAUCCGAGAACGAUUUAAUGUCCUUAUCCGAGAAGAUGCAAAAGUCUAACCAUUUAUUGAUGUCAAUGUAAAGGUAGCUCUUUCUCCUCAAUUAUUUUAAGACCUUGAGAGUAGAGGUCCGACCUAGGAUUGAAGCCGCCGGGUCUCCCAUGCAGCUUAAGAGUCGAGCGCGUGGUUACCACGACACCACAACUCACAAGUGCUCAUUUGAGGGGGUGAUAAAAAAGAUAUCGCAGCAAUUAGAGCGAGACUUGGUGUAACGUCAUGUUUUUAUUUACAACGUCUACAACGUGACCAUGACCUCUUCUUAAACCGGCUAUGUCUCUUUCUAUUCACACGGCACUUACGAGUUCGAAAUUAAUCUCUCGUAGCGACACAAACAUUUAGCAUCUUAUUAUGAUAAUAUGGGAAAUCCAAUUUUAGUAUAUUCUUGAGCUAAACUGGAUUGAUUUGGUGAACGGUUUCGAUAGGGAUUUAUCAUCUGAACACACGAGAAAAACAAACUGUAAACGAAUUGAAAAGAUGAGCUUAAGAUUUAAGAACUAUAGCAAAAUUAUUAUAAAAUCACAACUGAUGGUUUCUGACUAAAGCGCAGGUCAAACGAGGACGAUUAAUGAGAGUUGGCAGUUACGAAUUGUUCCUGGGACAUUUUUAGCUCUGGAUUAACAAAAUAAAAGUUCGAUGAGUGUUCCAACUAUGUUUCAACUUCAAUAAAAUACAUGAUGGAAAGCAUUAAGAUUUAAGAACAGCCAACCAAGGUCGCGUGAUUUCCAACUUUUAUAUACUCUCAUCCUCGUCUCAUCCAAGCUUAUGACUCUCUAAUCGUUCAAUGGGGACCCUCACUUGAAAGAGCCGCAUAAUCUGCCCAACCAUGAUAUCUCGUCAUAUGUAACUUGGCAGUGAACCAUAUUACUAUUAGCAAACCCUCAACUCUUUAAUCGUUCAAUAGAAAAUCACUUCGAUCAAGUUCACAUAAUCUUCUGGGAGACAUUUAAUCCACUUUACUUAGAGUUCCAGCCAGGCGAUCCUGUUUGUUUUCACACGAGAAAUAGUUAGACUUUGAAGACACUUCAGACUAACCAAUAUACUGGACACGAGCUUAAAAUAGUGCUGACUCAAGUCCAGAGUGCAAAGAAUUUUUUUAUGCCUUGUACUUUUCAGAACAGCUAUAAAAACUAGUCUUGAACUUUUUGGGAUGUUCAAUUCAUGUCGAUACGUGGUUUUAAGUUGGUCAGUAUCUCAAUGAAAGUUCGAGCUUCGCGUAUCUGCAGAUAUUGCCUGUGGAUGUAGUUGUACUUUUCACUGCUAUCAUUGCACUUAUUUUGAAUAAGAUCAGGUAAUCAAAUACUGGUUUUAUUGUCUGUCAUUGCUCUUUCCGAAGGCUCAAGAAGAUCUACCAAUUUUGAAAGAAGGGCCUCUCUUUGAUGUAUGGGCGUUGAUAUUGCACUCCUUCGAAACUUCCAAAUAAAAACUCCUUUGAAAGGCAGACGUGGAGCGAAUCUAUCUCUUGAAGACUAGUACACUAGCACGUCAGCAAGUGCUCUUGCGUGAAGUUCUUGCAUUUGUCAAAGAAAGGCUUCUGUUGGCGAGAUUUGUCCAUAGAACCUUAAAGGGCAAUUUUGGGUUUCACAUUGAAAUUAUGGAGGAAAUACGGAUUUUUAUUUAUAUCUUUGCUUACAACCAUAUACAGUACCAGUAGAUAAAAGAACUGAGAUUCUUAGAGUUGACUCCUCGAAAUGCUAAUGACCGUGCAGUCACAACUUCUUUGUGAUGUAACAUUUCUUACAGGAAAUUUUUACUUACUGUUCUUCGUUAAAAACAGAUUUAAGUUAUUGUACAAAAAAAGCAUAUGUUGUGUGAAUGACGUAUUAACUCAAGUUAUCAACGCUUAUUUCUGCAAAGAAAACAACAUAAUGUGGGAGGAUUGAGCCUUUGGCUAAGUACCAGCUUAUUUGGCGAGAAAAACUCAGGAAAUCACUUUAAUAUAUGAGCUCGUUCCAAGUGUUUGUCAGUCAAGUAGCUUGUUGUGUCGCGCAAACAUCUCGUGAAGGACGAAAAUUGUAUAAGAUGCAUGAUAUUCAGAUUGGCUGCGUGGUAAGACUCAUAUUGUUAUUUUGUUUAGUUAAUUUGUUUGGUGUUGUUUGUGGUUGAGUGGUGAUUAUAUACAUAACCGUAUUUAGUAAUAUAUGAGAAGAUUUAUUAACUAAAAGACGCCGUACUGUCAACUUUAAUUAAGUUGUGGCAAAAAGGCCGAUGUCUACAGUGUUUUUGAAUACAUUCCAAGUAAAUGAGUAGAAACUAGAUAUAAGGAAUUGAUAUGAACUGAUGUAUGGUAUCUUGUAACUGAUAUGCUUUCUAAUUUUAUGUUGGAUGUUAUCAUGUGUUCUAAUCUGGAAUUUGUUUCUAUAUUUGUUUCGAUUUAUAUUGAUAUGUUGGCAUAGGCGACUGCAUCGCCCCUGUUGCUGUAAUUUCAAUCCGAAAUACCAUAAUUAUGCUAGUAACCGACGCUUCAAUAUACAAACCUGUCUCUUAGAUGUUGGCUGUUCACCAGUCUACCAAAUUUAGAGUAUUUUUGCGGCAUCACACUUUCGUUGUGUGGGAACUUUUCGAAUUGGAACAUCGGUCUCGUUCUAAUCGUCAACUAAUUACUCAAAUUAUACUCUAAUUGGUUGAUCGAGAUUAAAUAAUUGCGGAUUUUAGCGCGCAUUUUUGACACAAUGAGAAAUAAGCUAUGUAGAGAAUCGUUUUAAAUACUAUUGACUUAACAUGUUACUUGCAUGUGUUACACUAUUCAUAUAGAUUGAUUUAAGAAUGGUUUUCACUUAUUAACCUUAUCAUGCAUAUAACAGAUGGUUGGCAACUUGUCGGACUAAGAAUUAAAGUAGUGAUAAUGUUGACGAGUUCAUCAUCAUAUGUAUAGUUGUCGGGUCUGAGUUUGUGGUGAAUAAAUAGAAUUAAUAGAUCUCUAGUGUAAUUUCUUGCUUCUGUAUAAGUGUCGACAUUUCAAGUUCAUCACGAUUCCCGAAACACACCGAUAACAGAAAUUGAACAGUUGGGGCAAAAUAACAUUUCGUUUUGUACAAACAGGAUGUUUUUCUAGAAACCCGGAAAAUUUUCAAAAGAUUACAGUAUAAAGGAAGUACUGACACCAAGUAUCUCUUUUCGUUGUCCUAAACGAACAACUGUAUCUGUAUUACAUCGACAGCGGGGCUUUUAAUAAAUCUGUUUUACUGUAUAUUUGAUAUCCUUCCAAAAGUUAUCUAAUACAUAUGCCAUGUGUUUCCUUGCAUAAUCUUGUUAUAUCAGGAAUAAUAUUGGACCACCGUGGCGAGUUAAGGUUUAGGUACUCGUGCUCUUCACUUGAAGUGUUUAGCACGAAACAGGAUGCCUGCUUGUCUAGAGAUUAUAUCAUGUUUUGUGAAUUGUAUAUUCGCUGUAUUGCUUCAAGUUAAAAAGGCAGGGUCUUCGAGCCUUUUUGUCUAGCUAAUUUUAAGACAGAUCAGUUCACGUCGGUAUUUUUGCUCAGAGUGUUCUAAAGAACAUCCUUUAUACAUAUUUACUGCAUCUAUAAUGUCUCCUAUAUACAGUAAGCACUUCUAUAUGUUUUAUAUAUGAACAGUAUUCUAGACAACACGGCUUGAUCAAAUAGUUUGAAAGAAGUUCAUGAGAUUUGUACAUUUGUAGUGAAACUUUGCUAGUGUAAACCAGUCGUUAAUAAUGUUUGGUUUACCGUGUCACGUUUUCAGUACGUGUGUCCCCUUCUACAUGGUAAUUCACUGCUACGCCUAUGAUAUCGUAGCCUGCCUUUCUCUCGUAUCCGUUAUUAGAAAGGUUCACAUUUGACAUCCACUACCGCUACGUUGAGGGAUCAUCAACCAAUCAGAUGCGUUUGAUAUGCCCGAUCAACCAAUCAGAUGCGUUUGAUAUACCCGAUCAACCAAUCAGAUGCGUUUAAUAUACCCGAUCAACCAAUCAGAUGCGUCCUAAGCCAGUGAGAGGUAGUGGAAGUCAAGUAUGAACCUCCACACCCGCUAACAAUAUCAUGUGGUUUAUUAAAUUCGCUUUCAUCCAAGCGCAAUGCGCGACAGCUUAUUUUAAGGUCGAUUUACACUACACAACUUUUGCCUAAAACUUUCGCAUACAUCCUGCUUACAACUUAAAUUGUACUGUGUCAAUCAAGUAUACACUACGCCUGCGUUGUCGUAGGUGAGUUGUGUGCUUGAUUACACACUACAACUCAAGUUGUAAGUAGGUUGCAUGCGACAGUUUUAGGCCAAAGUUGUGUGUAGUGUAAGUCGGUCUUAAUUAGAUGCAAGGUGCCAAGGACUCGCAGGAUGCUUGCGAGUUGGUUCUUACGAUGAGUGGAACAGAUCCUUAAGUGAACUCAACGGUUAUCUCUAUUUUUAGGUCGUGCUUGCCAAAGCUUUAUAUAACAAUGACUCAGAAGCAGACGACGAAUUGUCGUUCAAGAAAGGUGACGUCAUCACGGUAAUUGAGACGGAUUUCGAAGGAAUGGAAGGCUGGUGGUUGUGCUCUCUUGGUGAGAAACAGGGCGUGGCUCCCGGGAACAGAUUACAGUUGAUAUCAUUUGACAACAAUGACACACGUGACACGCAGGAUGUUUACGAUACCCCAGGACAAGCUUAUAAAGAAAGAUACGGUGACGUGGACUAUGAUGUUCCCAAACCCUACCCUGCGCCAGAAUUCGACGAUUACGCAAUACCAAAAUCACCCUACAGCAACUAUGCCGUCCCAGACUCCCAACGCUACGGGUUUGUCUUACCCAGUCCUUCCCCUAUUUCAGCCGAGCGAAAUAGCAAUUCUUCAGACGGACUGGUAACUAACGAGAUUUACGCAGCUCCGUCGUCGCACUAUAGCUCGGAGAGAUCUAGUGACGAGUUUCGAUUCUCCGGUGAAAUGUCUCAUGGCAGUGGGUCAGAAGAAAUAUAUGACGUACCAUCACGAAACUCCAUUGAGUCUGAUGAUGGUCAACGAAAUAUGCUUCUUCCGGUUAUCCCACCUAAAGCCAGAGAUGUCGUCAGCAAUGGUUACCAUAGUAACAGUAUGAGUCGUCAAGAAUCCCAAGAGAUUUACGAUUCUCCAGCGGGCUCGAGGAGUUCAAAUCAUUCCGACGUGCACGACCAGUUGCCUAGCAACGAAAUCUACGACCAGUUGCCUAGCAAUGAUGUUCAACAGUUAGACCAACUAAUGUGCACAAUCUCGAGUGAUGGUGAAGACUAUGCCACAAUCCCAAGCCCAUCCAUUGACGGUCCUCAGGAUAUUUACGAUGUCCCUCCGACAGCUCCCCAGGAACUCUACGACACACUUCCGGCCGGUCCCGAAGAAGUGUACGAUGUCCCUCCGAGCGGUCCCGAAGCAUUUUACGACGAACUGCCAGCGGAUAAAGCAGACUCGCUUUACAAGCGGAACAGGUUAGCUGAUGGUAAUAACAACCCCCCGGUUUUACCUAAGAAUAUUGAUAAUGCUGUUUAUGAAGAGAUUCCGGGGGGCCCUGAGGAGUUGUAUGAUAAUUUUGCCGAGAAAAAUACGAAGCCAAGCACAGGGAGCCUAAACAGAAAGAAACGACACGACAGUGAUGAUUAUGUUGAUUAUCAAGAAAUUUAUGGCUUAGGCGAGGAGGAAGAAGCUAAAAAGGUUUGUAGAUACUUUCAAUAUUGUCUCGAGUGCUUUAGAAUGUGAUCAGCAGAAGGUGUUCAAUUGCAGAAAUGUUGACAUUUAUAAGAAGAAAAACUGAAUUGCAUCUCUUAAUUGGCCACAAAGACUAAUACAUACUAAUGAAGAAGGCAUAUGUGGCAAUGAGACACGGGGAACAAAGCCAAAAAUAUAUUAGAGGAAACAAAGGAACUUGGGAAAUAAGGGAACACGGUGAAAUCUUUGUGGGGAAAAAUUUCCAAGAGAACACAGAAAUACAGCCUCCCCCCCCUCCCAGGAGACCCUCGUAACUGCCUGUUGGCCAUCACAUGUAGUGCAUGACAGUAUUUAGUAUAUCUAUGGCUAGAUUGUUGAAAUUUUUAAUUGAAUGAUUGAAUUGACGUUUUUUUACUUUCGUACUCAGUUAAUUAAUAAAACAUUUUCCGAAAACUAAUAGUUGAUUCAAGGAACUUAUUCCACUUCUUUGCAUUGUUUCUAGAAUGACGGCUGUGAAAAGACGGAACAGUCGGUUCUGGAAAGGAUACAUAUGGAUAAAGUUCGUGAACUACGCGUCAGCCAUCUUGUUGCGAUGCACAACCUUGACAAACUGCAACAAGCCGUUGACGUAGCUGUCACGAAACUCAUGAGCUUUGUCACCGACGAUUGGCGACGAUCCGAAGUCUACGCUUUAAACAUCAACGGAAUUCGUGAAAUUUCUGAAAAAGUGAAAGUAGCUCUUCGCCUUUUGACGGAGUUCGGUCUUGGCGCGUUAAAGAAUUCUCAGAAAUCACAACACGGGGAAAUUUCUGGAAAAAUCGAAGAAGCAUUAAAGCCGUUAUUGGAAUCGUAUUAUUCGAUCAAGACUGCUAUUCAGCGAUUGGACGAGAGCAACUGGAGAUCAGCCUAUCAGGAGAAGCCAGAUGAUGAUUUGAAUACAAUAGCUAAACUUGCCCAGUGUAUACCAUGUGGAGCGUAUAACCUCGGGGCGGUUAUUGCCAAUGUUGCGCAUGUAUUAUUCAAUGGACAAGACAGCACAGCCGAGACAACUAAAACAUCGGGCAACACCAAGAAUUCGCUAAAUCCGUCAACCGCGCAAAAUCCUACAACAAAGAGUCCUGAGGCGAAACGCACGUCCCAAGAUUCAACGAGUCCCUCACCUGUGACCGCUCAAAUUGAAAGCACCAAAGAGCCUGAGGCGAGCCAAUCUUCGCAAGAUACAAUUAACCCUACACCUGUAACCGCGCAAGUUGAAAGCAUCAGAAAGCCUGUGGCGAGUAAAUUGGAAUCAGAACCAGUGAAUCCUAAAAUCUUACUCCGCCAAGCAUCAUCCAAAACUCCGCCAGCCGUGCAACCGAAACCGAAGAGAGAACGAAAGCGUUCCGAUAGCGCUCCAAACGCGUCUAUGCCUUCCGAAAACCAGAACACUCAAUUACUGUCCGACCAAGUUACAGAACUGACAAAUAAUUUAUUAAAUCAAAUCGAUACCAUUAAAACACCUCCACAAAGCCUUUGUAGGAAAGGAAGUAAAAAAUUGAGCCCCAGAACUGUACGGAAACUUUGUUCCAUAACGCUCAAAGACGACGAUAGAAUUAACGAAAAAAUGUUUGAAGAUGUCUCGGCUAUCCCACCCAAACCCUCACGACAGUGUAGCUCUCCCGGUACCCCCACCAACCUCGCUUUCCCUAAUCGAUCCUCGCUGACCGGAGCGUUAUCGGAUCCCGGCGCUUUGCAUUCGGAUAUUUUAGGUCAGAACAAUUUUCAAAGUAUGAAAUCGUUUGUAGAAAAGAUGAACAGCGAAUUUAUUGUUCUGAAAGAAGCGAUUAAAAGUUUUGGAGAAAGUGUAAGGGAACGGCAGAAACCGAAGCAUUUUGUAGCACACAGCAAGUUUAUCGUUCUCAGUGCACACAAAUUGGUCUACAUCGGUGACGGAGCAUCCCGAAGUGUUGGCGCCGACGACCGGGCUACGAUUUCGGCCGUAACGAGCGCUCUUUCCGAAGUGAUCUAUAUCUUUGUUGAGGAUAUUAAGAUUGCAGCUCGUCAGUAUCCCGAAGAAAUAGCUAUGAACAACAUGAUUAAAAGUGCGACAAAUGUUACGGAAAAAGCGUUAGGACUUUAUAAAACACUCAAACGCCAAGCUCAAAGUUAACACGAACAGCUUUAACAUUAAUAAUAAACUAAUUAUAAGGCACUCAAAGACAUGUUGCAGUGUUAACACCGAAAACAACAAAAUUAUAAAACACUCAAAAGACAUGUGCAUAAUAUACAAGAAUUACUGAAUUAAUUAUUUGCAUUCGACGCCAUUUUUGGUUGAUUUUUAUUCCAUUUUGUUGGUUGUACCGUGAAACUACCCAUGAUGCGAUUAACUGUUGAUCAAAUAAUGUAAAGAACUACUAAAUGAACUGUUUCUCGAUAGUGACUAAAGUAAAUUUUAGAAUCGAUCAGAAAUCAACCAAAAUGGCGCCCAAUGAGACGUAAUGACGUCACUUUCAAACAAAGAUAGCAACAUAAUUAUAAAGCACUCACAAGGCACGUGCAUUACACGAGGUGUUUUAGUAUUUAUGUAAUAAUAAUGGAAUGAAACUUUCACAAAGACUAGUGCAUUUCGCUUUGCACUGUUGCUAAUAUGGUAUAUAGUAUAUUUAAAGCAUGCUCAAUUAAUAUUCAGUAACACAGACAUUCCAACCACUGGAGGUAAAAUUUACGGAGACUGUUCAAUUCAGUGAAUUGAAAUCUAGUUCUUCUGGGAAAAAAUAAUAAAAAUUAAGUCUUCUGAAAUGGCGUUUCCCGCAUUUUGGGACUAUGUUAUUAUAAGUGAUCCUAUAAAUUGCCAUAAAGCAACUUCAAAAAAGGUCAAGACAGACUAUUAUGUUGCUAAAAACAGUAUAUUUAUAAUUUUUUAUGAUAUUUCCUGAAUAUUCUGAAAAAUCGGGAGAAUUUGAUAAAAAUCGGGAGACCGGGAGAUUACAUGAAUUUUCGGGAGACUCCCGGUAAAAUUGGGAGAGUUGGAAUGUCUGGUAACAUUAAUUAUUGUCACAUUGCUUUUAAGAAAGAUCUAGGUAGAAUAAAGUAAUAAAUAGUUUUAUAAAUAC